CGUUAAAAGAGAUACAUUCAUACGUUGUUCCUCCAUUUGAUUAAGGCCAAUAAAAAAUGUUUUGUUUUGUUCUGAAAUGCAAACGUACCAGACAUACGCAAUCAACAACGCCAGUUCUUAUCAAACGAAAAAAAAGUACAGAAAAGAAACGGUAACAGAAUAUAAACAACCAUCAGAUAGAUAAAACUCUAGAAUACUUAACAUAUAAAUUAGAUCAGCAAAGUAAUUGAAAUUAAAAAAAAGUUACAAAAUAAAAGGAAAUAAAUUAAUGACGCAUAAAAGUGCAAUAUGGCUUAUAAAAACGUGUUCAAAAUAUUGGUCAUCUUGUUAGCAACAAGUGUGGACACUAACUACUGUCAAGAAUCAGGGGAACUAAGGAAUUCCAAUUUAAGCGAAGCUCUUAUACGUCAUGCUCGUCUCAGGUGUUUGCAGCAGUAUCCCCAGGCUGAUACAAUCAAUUAUGGGGACUCUCCCGAGACUCAAUGUUUUUUGCAUUGUUUUCUUUAUAGAAUGGGUUUAAUGGAUUUAAAAACAAGAGGUUUAAAUAGCAGAAAGUUUAUUGAUAUUUGGGAUAAAAUUGAAGAGGCCUUUGAGGAAGACACCUGUUUGGAUAGAUUUGAUUUUAGUGAACCGCUUAGUGGUAAAUGUACAGAUACUUAUCGCAAAUUAAUGGAAUUUCGCAAUAAUUGUUUGGAAUUAUUCGAAUAUACUUUUACUACAAAUAGUACUUGGAAAAAGGAGGAUCCUAAGCUGAGUAAAAAAAUUGGUCAGUCGGCUACGGAAUUUUGUGAUUUUAUUAAGGCAGAAAAUGUUAUGGCUAAAGAAACAUCUAAUGAUGAAGAGGUUUCCCUGCUAACUGAGUAUAAAGAUAAACUGCAGUGUAUUUUUGAAAAUAUUCGCUAUUUGGAUGCUUAUGGCAGAAUUGAUGAGCCUGAAAUCAACUUGAGUUACCAAGAAGCCCUUGAAGAUUCGACAGAAUCCCGAGACGUAGUGCGAAACUGCAGCCAUCGUGCCAAUGCAAAAUAUGAUAAAUACUACUCUGGUAACUUGGUUUGGGAAUUGCAAAAGUGUUUAAAGUCUCAAAGUCCGGUCUACGAUAAAGUUUACAAAUUGAGAGAUGAAAUAUCGAGAAAUUAUUGACAUGUAAUUUAUCGUGAUUUAUUGAAUAAAUUAGUAUUAUUUUAUUUUUAUUUUAAAUUAA